UUAAAACAAAAUAGAAGAAGAAGAAGAAGAAGCAGAACGUGAACGGAUAGUGCUUUAGUUUGUUUACAUCGUAAAUAUAAAAUGUCACAAUUACAGUUGUUGAAUGUGUUUAUUACCGAACGAUUAACAGCGGUAGCUAUGGAGAUAUCCGUUGUACUUGAACAAAAUAUAGACGAGUACCUGGAAGAAAUCUCCCGUUCAAAUGAGGAGAACAAACGUCUACAGAGCCUGUUGGAUUUGGCUUUCAACUCCGAAAUAAAGUUACACCGCGAAGACUCCCAGCAGCUCUCUCUUCCUGUCUCUGAAGAGGAGGUUCCCCAUGAGCAGCAGCAGCACUGUGAGCAGGAGAGGAGCCCCAGUCAGGGGCAGGAGGACCCAGAGCCCACACAGAUUAAAGAGGAACAGGAGGAAGUCAGGACCAGUCAAGAGGAGGACCAGCCUCAAGGGCUGGAACCUGAUAUCAAAGAAAUCUUAAUCCCUGCCUGUGUGAAAAGUGAUUAUGAACAGGACCCACCUCUGCCCUCAUAUCUUGACCAAACCUUGGAGAACAGAGAGAGAGACUCUCUACCCACCAACACAACUGAACAGAUCAAAACAGAACCUGAUGGAGAGGAUUACAGCAUAUCAGAACCAACCAGUGACUCUCAGCUCCUCUCUGAAGCCCAGGGAGGAAACAUAGAAGAACGUGUUGAUGGGAUGGAGAGACCCAUUCCCCCUCCCUUCUCUCCAGACUCCCAGCAGCCCUUUCUCCCUGUCUCUAAAGAGGAGGUUCCCCCAGAGCAGCAGGAGAGAAGCCCCAGGCUGGGUCUGGAGGACCCAGAGCCCACAAAACAAGAGGAACUCUGGACGAAUCAGGAGGAACAGCAGCUGGAAUCUGACAGCAGAGUAUCAGAACCAACCAGUGACUGUCAGCUCCUCUCUGCAGUAAAUCCAGACUGUUCUGCGGCUCAGAGUGGAAACAGAGUAUCAGAACCAACCAGUGACUCUCAGCUCCUCUCUGCAGUAAAUCCAGACUGUUCUGCAGCUCUGGGUGAAAACAGAGUAUGUGUUGAUGGGGCAGUGGAGAUGCUUAUUCUUAUUCUCCUCCCUCCAGACUCCCAGCAGCUCCCUCUCCCUGUCUCUGAAGAGGAGGUUCCCCCUGAACAGCAGCACUGUGAGCAAGAGAGGAGCCCCAGUCAGGGGCAGGAGGACCCAGAGCCCACACAGAUUAAAGAGGAACAGGAGGAACUCAGGACCAGUCAAGAGGAAGACCAGCCUCAAGGUCUGGAGUCUGAAUUCAGAGUAUUAGAACCAACCAGCCUCUGCAGAGUUUUAGAACCAACUAGUCUUUACAAAGAAUUAGAAUCAACGUCUGUAGCAAAUCCAGACUGUUUUGCAGCUAAGAGUGAAAAGAUAGAAGAAUAUGUUGAUGGGUUGGAGAGACCCAUUCUACCUUGA